AUGAAGCUUCUGCUCCUGCUGUUGCUUGCUUUCUGCAGCCUUUCUCUAUCAAGGUGUGAGGAAAAAAAGUUCGUACCAUAUGAUUAUUCGGCAACACUAGCGUGUCUAGUGAUCCCUAAUAAACCACAGUACAAUGGAGGGAUCAUCAUGAAUUCUGACCUAGAAAACGGUACACAAGGCUGGUCACAAUUCGGAAACGCCAAAGUGGAUUUCAGAGAUGUUGGAGGCAAUAAAUUUGUUGUUGCACGAGAGAGGAAUCAAUCUUCUGACAGUGUCUCACAGAAGGUUUUUCUAGAAAAGGGAAUCCUCUACACUUUCUCUGCUUGGUUACAAGUGACCAAUAGAACGGCUCCCUUGAGUGCCGUUUUCAAGCAGAACGGUGGAUAUAAGCAUGCCGGUUCUGUUGUUGCUGAAUCCAAUUGCUGGUCCAUGCUCAAAGGUGGUCUCACCGUUGAUGAAUCUGGCCCUGCCGAUCUCUAUUUCGAGAGCGAGAGCACGACCGUUGAGAUUUGGGUUGAUAGCGUCUCACUUCAACCAUUCACACAAGAAGAGUGGGACUCUCACCACGAGCAGAGCAUUGAAAAGGCGAGAAAGGGAGCCGUGAGGAUCAGAGCCGUGAACAGCAAGGGCGAGCCAAUACCAAACGCAACCGUCUCCAUCAUGCAGAACAGGCUAGGGUUCCCAUUCGGGUGCGCGGUAGAGAGCAACAUACUUGGGAACCAAGCAUACCAAAACUGGUUCACAAAGAGAUUCACCGUGACAACGUUCGGGAACGAGAUGAAAUGGUACAGCACGGAAAGAAUAAGAGGCAAAGAGGAUUACUCGACCGCAGACGCUAUGUUGAGAUUCUUCAAGCAGCACGGUGUCGCUGUACGUGGCCACAACAUUGUAUGGGCCGACCCUAAGUAUCAACCGGAAUGGGUGAAAUCUCUGUCCGGUGCCGAUUUAUACAACGCCGUGAAACGAAGGAUUGUCUCGGUGGUCUCGAGGUACAAAGGCCAGCUUUUGGGUUGGGACGUUGUGAAUGAGAUGCUCCAUUUCAACUUCUUUGAGAGCAAGAUGGGUCCUAAAGCGUCUUACAACAUCUAUGCCCAGGCACAUGCCGUCGAUCCAAGAACACCAAUGUUUAUGAAUGAAUACAAUACGUUAGAGCAACCCGGGGACUCAGCUUCUACUCCAGCAAGGUAUUUGCAGAAGCUUAGGGAGCUUCAAACUAUUAGGGUUGCCGGAUACGUCCCGUUAGGGAUCGGUCUUGAGUCUCAUUUCAGUACUCCUAACAUUCCGUAUAUGAGAUCAGCUCUUGACACUUUUGCUGCCACUGGUUUGCCUAUUUGGCUCACUGAGGUCGACGUUGACGCUCCUGACAAUGUCCGGGCCAGGUAUUUCGAGCAGGUCUUAAGGGAAGGCCAUGCGCAUCCGCAAGUGAAAGGAAUGGUGACGUGGACAGGCUAUUCUCCAAAGGGUUGCUACAGAAUGUGUCUCACUGAUGGAAACUUCAGGAACCUACCAACAGGAGACGUUGUGGACAAACUUAUUCGUGAGUGGGGAGGGUUUCGUGGGCAAACCACAGGUGUCACCGACGCUGAUGGAUUCUUUGAAGCUUCACUCUUCCAGGGUGACUAUGAUCUCGGUAUCACACAUCCUCUCAGCAAUUCAACAGUUUCUCAGAGCUUUAAGUUGACUUCUGAGGACUCUCGGCCAUCUCCUCUUGUCGUUCGUGUUUGA